CGGACGCUUGGCACUAUGUCUCUGCUUAACCCUGUCCUUCAACCCCCCGGGGUGAAGGCCUAUCUGAGCCAAGGGGAGCGCUUCAUCAGAUGGGAUGAUGAAACAACAAUAGCCUCCCCGGUUAUCCUCCGUGUGGAUCCCAAGGGCUACUACUUGUACUGGACAUAUCAGAAUAAGGAGAUGGAGUUUCUGGAUAUCACCAGCAUCCGGGACACCCGCUUUGGGAAGUUUGCCAAGAUGCCCAAGAGCCAGAAGCUCCGGGAUGUCUUCAACAUGGACUUUCCUGACAACAACUUCCUGCUGAAGACGCUCACCGUGGUGUCUGGCCCCGACAUGGUGGACCUCACCUUCCAUAACUUCGUCUCCUACAAAGAGAACGUGGGCAAGGACUGGGCUGAAGAUAUCCUGGCUCUGGCCAAGCACCCGCUGAUGGCCAACGCCUCCCGCAGCACCUUCCUGGACAAGAGCCUGGUGAAGCUCAAGAUGCAGCUCAACCCUGAAGGGAAGAUUCCUGUGAAGAAUUUUUUCCAGAUGUUUCCUGCUGACCGCAAGCGGGUGGAAGCUGCCCUCAGCGCCUGCCACCUCCCAAAAGGCAAGAAUGAUGCCAUCAAUCCCGAGGACUUCCCAGAAUCCGUCUACAAGAGUUUCCUCAUGAGCCUUUGUCCUCGGCCAGAAAUAGAUGAGAUCUUCACUUCCUACCACGCCAAGGCCAAACCCUACAUGACUAAGGAGCACCUGGCCAAAUUCAUCAACCAGAAACAGCGCGACUCCAGGCUCAACUCCCUGCUGUUCCCGCCUGUGCGGCCUGACCAGGUGCAGGGCCUCAUCGACAAGUACGAGCCCAGAGGCAUCAACGUGCAGAGGGGCCAGCUGUCCCCCGAGGGCAUGGUGUGGUUUCUCUGCGGGCCAGAGAACAGUGUGCUGGCCCAGGACAAGCUGCUGCUGCACCACGACAUGACGCAGCCGCUCAACCAUUACUUCAUCAACUCCUCCCACAACACCUACCUGACAGCCGGCCAGUUCUCAGGCCUUUCCUCUGCCGAGAUGUACCGCCAGGUGCUGCUGGCGGGCUGCCGCUGCGUGGAGCUGGACUGCUGGAAGGGGAAGCCUCCUGAUGAGGAGCCCAUUAUCACCCACGGCUUCACCAUGACCACAGACAUCUAUUUCAAGGAAGCAAUUGAAGCUAUUGCAGAAAGUGCCUUUAAGACCUCCCCUUAUCCGGUCAUCCUGUCAUUUGAAAACCACGUGGACUCACCCCGCCAACAGGCUAAGAUGGCCGAGUACUGCCGAACGAUAUUUGGGGAUAUGCUGCUCACAGAGCCACUGGAAAAGUUCCCACUGAAACCAGGCAUCCCCCUGCCCAGCCCUGAGGAUCUCCGAGGCAAGAUCCUCAUCAAGAACAAAAAGAACCAGUUUUCUGGUCCCCCAGCCCCCAGCCAGGAGCCGGGUGGGGAGGCUGAGGGGAGCAGCCCACCCAAUGUCCCUGUGGGUGAGGACACAGUGUGGGCUGGUGAGGAAGGGGCUGAGCUGGAGGAGGAGGAGGUGGAAGAGGAAGAGGAGGAGUCGGGAAGCCUGGAUGAAGAAGAGAUGAAGAAGAUGCAGUCAGAUGAGGGCACAGCGGGCCUGGAGGUGACGGCUUACAAGGAGAUGUCCAGCCUAGUCAAUUACGUCCAACCCACCAAGUUCAUCUCCUUCGAGUCCUCUGCCCAGAAGAACCGAAGUUAUGUCAUUUCCUCCUUCACGGAGCUCAAGGCUUACGACCUGCUCUCCAAGUCCUCAGUGCAGUUUGUGGACUACAACAAGCGCCAGAUGAGCCGCAUCUACCCCAAGGGCACCCGCAUGGACUCCUCCAACUACAUGCCCCAGAUGUUCUGGAAUGCUGGUUGCCAGAUGGUUGCCCUCAACUUCCAGACGAUGGACCUGCCCAUGCAGCAGAACAUGGCGCUCUUUGAGUUCAACGGGCAGAGUGGCUACCUCCUCAAGCAUGAGUUCAUGCGUCGGUUGGACAAGCAGUUCAACCCCUUCUCGGUGGACCGCAUCGACGUGGUGGUAGCCACCACCCUUUCCAUUACGGUGAUCUCUGGGCAGUUCCUGUCAGAACGCAGUGUGCGCACCUAUGUGGAAGUGGAGCUGUUUGGCCUUCCUGGGGACCCCAAGAGGCGCUAUCGCACCAAGCUGUCACCCAGUACCAAUUCCAUCAAUCCUGUCUGGAAGGAGGAGCCCUUUGUCUUUGAAAAGAUCUUGAUGCCUGAGCUGGCCUCCCUCAGGGUGGCUGUGAUGGAGGAUGGCAACAAGUUUCUUGGACACCGCAUCAUCCCCAUCAAUGCCCUGAAUUCUGGAUACCACCACCUGUGCCUGCACAGUGAGAGCAACAUGCCGCUCACCAUGCCUGCACUCUUUGUCUUCCUGGAGAUGAAGGACUAUGUACCUGACACCUGGGCAGAUCUCACGGUGGCCCUCGCCAAUCCCAUCAAGUUCUUCAGUGCCCAUGAUAAGAAGUCUGUGAAGCUCAAGGAAGCCAUGGGAGGCCUGCCUGAGGUAUAUCCCAGACGGGCGGCAGAUCUCUAUAAAAACAAAAACAAAAACAACCCCGAAAACUUUCACCUGGGGAGGGAACGGCUGCAUGUGAAGCCUCAGGCUGGGCACUGCGCAGCAGGGGGCCCACACCGCCACCCCCGGGAGGCGCGGGAGCGGCCGAGCCGAGGGCACCGGAGAGCCUUUCCUUUGGCUCUUGCAGCAGCCGGGGCCAAGGCCAGGGAGGAGGCCACGAAAGAAGCUGCGGCAGAGCCGCGGACCGCCAGCCUGGAGGAGCUGCGGGAGCUGAAGGGCGUCGUGAAGCUGCAGCGGCGGCACGAGAAGGAGCUGCGGGAGCUGGAGCGGCGCGGCGCGCGGCGCUGGGAGGAGCUGCUGCAGAGGGGCGCGGCGCAGCGGGCCGAGCUCCGGCCGCCGGGCGCUGGGGGCGGCGGCGAGGGUCGGGGCCGCAAGCUCGGCCCGGGGAAAGGCUCCCGCAAAAAGAGGACCCCGCCGGGCGAGGACCCCGCCGGGGCGGCGCCGGCCGAAGGCCCCGAGGGCGCGGACGCGCGUCUGCGAGAGCUGAGGGACAGGCUGGAGCUGGAGCUGCUGCAGCAGGGCGAGGAGCAGUGCGAGUGUGUCCUGAGGCGCAGGGCGCAGCAAGUGGCCGAGCAAAUAACCAAGAUGAUGGAGCUGGCCAGAGAGAAACAGGCUGCAGAGCUGAAGACCCUCAAGGAGACUUUGGAGACUGACACCAAAGAGAUGAAGAAAAAGCUGGAGGCCAAGAGGCUGGAGCGGAUCCAGGCCAUGAUGAAGGUCACCACAGACAAGAUGGCUCAGGAGAGGUUGAAGAGAGAGAUUAACAACUCCCACAUCCAGGAGGUGGUGCAGGUCAUCAAGCAGAUGACAGAGAACCUGGAGAGGCACCAGGAGAAGCUGGAAGAGAAGCAGGCAGCCUGCCUGGAACAGAUCCGGGAGAUGGAAAAGCAGUUCCAGCAGGAGGCGCUGGCAGAGUACGAGGCCAAGAUGAAGGGCCUGGAGGUGGAAGUGAAGGAGUCGGUGAGGACCUGCCUCAGGGCCUGCUUGCCCUCUGCGGAGGAGGACAAGCCUGAGAGGCCCUGCCGGGUCUCCAGGGAGCUGUGUGAGCAGGAUGCACUCACAGAGAACACAGAUGCCCAGGAGAGCCUCCUCUGAUGCCCUCAUGCCCUUGGGACAUUCUGCAAGGACAUUCACCCUUCUCUGGGACGUGGGUCCAUUCCCCCUGGAGGAAAGGGCCCCAGCACCGUGAAGCUGCGGGAAGCUGGAGCUCCCUUGGACACUGGAGCCCCUUUCUCAACAGCCAGGCUAAGUAGGAGGCAGGAAGCAGGCCAGCUGGGGCCCAUCUGGGGCCUGAGGUCCUCUCCAUCCAACAUUCUGCCCCUCCUGCUUCCGCUUCCCUUCUGAACAAGCGUCUGUCACAUGUUUGUUGAGGGCAAAAGACUAUGAGCUUGGAGGCAUGAAAUGGGGCCCUGGCCCCACUCUGCAUUUCCUAGUGUGCCACUCUGGACUCAGUUUCCUCACCUGGAGGGUUAGGCCCGGCCACCUGGAACCUCCACUCCAUCACCUGUAUGUAGUUCAAGCAGGUCCAAACUCCAAACUCUCCUGCCAUAAGGCGGGCAGCUCACCCUGGCUUCUAGGCCCCAUCUUGGGCUUGCCCUGAGUUGGUCUCAUGGUCAGCUCCCUGAUACAGAGUCCAGCACUUCCUUCCAGCUCCCUGGGGACAGCUGCUCCCAGGAUCCCAGGCUAAGGUGCCUUCCCUGCCUCCUGCCCUUGGGGGAUGGCAGGCUGAUGUGGAAAAGCUGCCUCAGCUGUGUGGCCCUCAGGCCACUGAGACAACUGGGGCUGGGGGUGAGGGGAGAAGGACGGCCUUUUGGGCACUCUCCCACCCAGAGCCCAGCCACCCCUUUUCCUAGGCCUGGGGGGUACUUCCCAGCAUGUGCCCCCGCUCAGGCUGUCUGACAAGGUCAGCACCAUUUUCUCUCCUGACUUUAUGAGGUUUAUUUAUUUUUCUCUUUCUUACUCCUACUAAA